AGAAAACAGAUUUAAACAUUAGUUACAAGGAGUAAACAGAAUAUGUUUGGAGAGGUUAUGAGGUAAUUUUUGUGAUUUUUAUGAAUGUAGUUUAACAUGCUUAUUCACUAUUCUGUCUGUGAUAUAUCUGGAAAGAGGUGUCUCUCUAACCUUGCAACCUUUGUUCAUCGUCAAAUAAACUUUUGUUACGUAAUAAUGAGUCAUAUAACUUGCUGUUCAAGUUUGUAAGUUAUGUUUAGCAUAUAUAACAUCUCUGACUUUGAUAUAUUUAGAGCAGCUAUUAAUAAAAUGGAGUGCAAUGCAGGAAUGUCCCAAUUAAUUUUCAGUGUUUUCUCUUUGUGCCUUGAUUUGUUUAAUCUGAAAAGCAAGAUUUUUAUAUUUUUGUAUUAUCAAAGCAGUAUUUGUACAGUGUGAACAUGUCUGAACUUGUCCUCCUAGAGAUGUGGGGGGAGGGAGUGUCUGGUUGUACCAAACCACAGACUCCAGUCAAGACACAAGACUUUUGGCAUCCUAAAAUUUUCAUUUUAACCAUUGGAGGGAGAAGUGGGACAUGAAAGGCACGACUGGAGUUUAAGAACAGAUAGGUUUGGUUUAGAGUGGGAUAGGUGAAAGAUAGUCAACUUAUGCGUUUCAGAUCCUGUGAGAAACUACAGGACAGGAUAUGACCCAGAGGUACUCCUCAGACCUAAAUAAGCUCUUUUGUCAACUGGCGAAGACGUGUCCCGUUAGGAUGGUGGUGAACACUGCUCCUCCCCAUGGCUCACUGCUCAGAGCCACAGCCAUAUAUAAGAAGUCCGAACAUGUGGCUGAGGUGGUCCGUCGGUGCCCACACCACGAGAGGACCAAUGACACUGAUGGACUCGCUCCCCAAGGUCACCUAAUACGAGUGGAGGGAAACGUGCAGGCUUUUUACAAGGAAGACGACGUCACGUCGAGACACAGUGUGAUGGUGCCAUAUGAAUCUCCACAGGUGGGCGCAGAGUAUACCACAGUACUGUACAAUUUCAUGUGCAAUAGUAGCUGCAUGGGUGGCAUGAACCGCCGGCCCAUUCUCACCAUCAUCACUUUGGAGACCCCUGACGGACAGUUGCUGGGCCGUCGGUCCUUCGAGGUACGUGUGUGUGCGUGUCCAGGCAGGGACAGAAAAACAGAAGAAAGCAACUUGAGAAAAGAGCAGGAACCCAAACCCUCGGAUAAGACCCCAUCGACCACCAAACGCAGCAUUAAGGAAACAACCUCAUCAAUUCCUCGAGCCGAGGGAAGCAAGAAGGCUAAACUGAAUAACAGCAGUGAUGAAGAGAUUUAUACUCUCCAGGUACGGGGUAAAGAAAGGUAUGAAAUGCUGAAAAAAAUAAAUGACGGUUUGGAACUGAGUGACAUGGUGCCCCCAUCUGACAUUGACAAGUACCGGCAAAAAUUGCUGUCCAAGAACAAAAAGGAGAAGGAUUGCCAACCUCCUGAACCCAAACGUGGGAAAAAACUACUGGUGAAAGACGAGAAGAGUGACUCAGAUUGAGAUGAAGGGAUGUGGAGCGAGAGAAUUUAGCUUUUUUUCCACUGGCUUUCUUUCCCUUUGUUUGGAUGCUUCAGGAGUUUAUGCCCUGUAUUGUAGUUGACUUCAUCGGACCUUUCUACAUGUCAUGGAUCAUCUUGUUUGUUUCACUGGGAUGGUUAAGCCAGAAAAGCAGUCUAAGAAUGAGGUUAUGGACAGCUGGGUGCUGUCUGUGUGUGAUGAUGUUGUCUGUAUUCUCAUUCAGCUUGAUGGGAUUUUGCUUGUUGUUGGUCAGUGCAGGUCACUUACCUCCCAAAACAUAAAAUUUAUGGUCUACGUUAAAGGGGUAUCAUGCAGCUAGGUUCAAAUGUGAUGGCCAUUUUGUACCAAUUAAUUCUAAUUUUUUGUAUCUUGUUUUUUGUAUCCUGUUUUUUUUAUAAAGAAAAAAGUGUUUGUUAGAUGAAAUUAGCAAAACUAUAAAAAAUUUCAGUUUGGAAAAUAAAUGUGGAAACGUAAUUUUUGGAUUUAUUCCAUACAGAAUGGGUUAAGUGCUGGUUAACAGUAAUUACUGUAUUCCAUAUUUUAAGUUCAUAUUCAUUGCAAUUGUAUAAAUGACAUCACUUGAAUUCUAGUUGGAAUUAUGAAGGGUCGUUUUAUGCUAAUGUUUUCAUCUUCCCAUUUUAAAACGUUAUUGCAGACUUUUGCAUUGUUUUUGAAUAUGACAUGUAGAUAAACCGGCCGAUCAGUUUUGCUAUAUUCGCUGUUGUUGUAUAGGUGGUUAUUGGUUGGAUGCCUCAGUAUGAGUGAAUUGUUAUACUCAGGGCAUGAUCUAGUCCCUCCUGAUAAUCUUGAUAAAACAACUGUACUGUACUGAUCUUGCUAAAUAUUUUGUUCUUUCUAUGAUGUUUUUUGCAUUUCUGCUUUACUACUGUAUUGUAUACACAUAGUUUAUACAUAUACCCAUGCAUUUAUUCAUCUAGCUGUAAUAGGUGGUGUUUUGUAAGAAAAAAUCUUUUAAUACACAUUUUUUUGAAAAAAAAAGAAA